AUGGCCCCAACGGUCAUCCACCUAUUGGCUCGACAGUUUGAGAAUUGCACAUUCACUGAGGAUGGCUAUCUCGACGAGGAUAGCUGCUACGUACCCUUUUGGAGUACAAGGACAGGGACCAUCGUCAAGUGGUCGCUCUUCCUCGGCAUAAUAGUAAUGACCGGGCUUUAUCUUCUGGUUGGCUAUGUGCACGCUCAGAAAAGGAUAAAGAAGGGCCUGCCACCCCUAGGAUAUCACCGAUUCCUUGUCUCCCGUGCAACACUCGCCCGAGUUGACCCUCGCUAUCGGCCUGCCCAACCGGGAGCCGUCUACAUACCCACUACCGCUGAGCGGAACUACUACGACAUGCAUGCCAUGCCCCCACCUGUAUACGAUCCUAAUGCGCCGCGACCUCCCAUGUACGAACCUCCAGCGGGCUCGGCCAAGAUCGAACCCAAUCAACAGCAGCAUGGUUCCCAACCAAGCCAAUCACCAAGCGAAGAGCGCUUUGAGUAUGGGCCGCCACCUGGCUCACCACCGGUGCCAGGUCCGUCACAAGAGACGUAUGCGCCACCUCCAGGGCCUCCGCCGAGUACCGCCCGACCCUAG